UCAACUAACAUUAAGCGACUGCGGACCAAAUGCAAGACCUCCACAAUACACUGACAUCUCUGUCAAUUGUGGGAGUUACUGCAUUGACCUGGCUAUCCUCAUCUGUCCUGCUAUAUACAGUGGCUACAACGAGUCACUACUUAUCCUCAACAACAUCAUGAAUGACCCAACCUGCAAGGGAACCGUGGAUGUGAGUGUGACACCGCCUGUCUUGAGGUUCAAACUGUCCCUCAACAAUACCAAUUCUUGUGGCAGCAUCGUCAGAACAUUCAGCGCUGCAGGCACAGGGGUGUUCUCUGACUUCUCCAAUAUCCAGACUGUCAACAUCAGCGGUAUUGUCCGAUCAUCUGACCCCACCAUAGGGACAGUAACCUACAACGCUGACCUGAAGUAUUUCUAUUCCUGCGCCUAUCCUUUAGAAUACCUGAUCAACAACACCCAGAUCUCUGUGUCGGCGGCCUCCAUUGCAGUCAAAGACAACAAUGGUAGUUUCAUCAGCACUUUGAGCCUUGCACUCUACGGUGAUGUCAACUACACUUCACCCUUGGCAAUUCCGGCAAAGGGUCUUGAUCUGAGGACCCCAAUUUAUACGCAAGUCCAGGCUACCAACCUGACCUCCCAGUACUAUGUGUUGUUGGACAGAUGCUACGCCUCAGUUUCUGCUUUCCCUGCUAACUCCACUUACUUCAACCUGUUUGUGCCUUGCAACGUUAAUCCGAUGACCACUAUACUUGAAAAUGGACAGAGUCAACAUGCCCGCUUCUACUUCCCGGCCUUUCGCUUCAUGGAGCAACAGAAUCAGCUGAUAUCGACCUACUACAUCCACUGCAUUGUUCGUCUCUGUGAGGUGAGCACGUGCAGUGCAUUCAAGCAAUGUAGCAGAAGAAGAAGAAGUGUUGAUCCUUCUAUCCAAGCUGGAGGGACAGAUUACCAAACCAUCUCCUCCCCUCCCAUUACCACCAGAGUAGAGAACAUGUUAGCAUCAAAAGAACUACUCUCUGGCAGCCACAGCUCUAACUCCACCUCAGGUCUUGGGGUGGCUCUAGGCAUCCUGGCCUUCAUCUGUAUCAUUGCUGUUGUCACGGCAGUAGUCUUCCACAGGAGGCUCAACCGUUAAAGUGGAGACUGUAACCACAUAUUGUACAUGACUUAAAAACUGUUGGCAAGUAUCCACAU